GAUGGGGCGAGGCCUAGAGCAUGCGCAGUGUUAGUCUGGGCAAGGUCGGUGUCGGCGUCACGGGGAGAGCAGCGGAGGAUAAGAUACACGGAGGUAUUAAAAGGGAAGGAUUUGCAGGCAAGAAACUGAAACCAAACAUUCAAUCAGGAUGCAACAGGCUCUCCCCAUUUGGCAUAACCUGAACCGUAUCGGAUUUUGAUCAUGGAAGAAAAAGGAUUCCAUUCGCACUGAGCAGAAACUGUCUGUGUCCUGAUUGUAAACAAAGAUUCAGCCCAUCAUCUGGUCGAUGCAAACAUAAACACAUUCACACUGGGGAGAAGCUAUGGAAAUGUGGAGAGUGUGGAAUUUGAUUCCUAUUCCCAUCUGAGCUGGAAGCACAUCAGCGUAGUCACUCUGAGGAGGGACUGUUCACCUGCUCUGUGUGUGGGAAGGGAUUCCCUUCUUCCAUCCUGCUGACCCACUAGCGAGGUCACGCUGACGAGAUCUUUUACGUGAUUGAAUUGUGGGGACUGCUGUCUCUCCAACGUGUGCAUAUGGAUGAGAGCCCACUUAACUGCUCGGAUUGCGGGACCUGCUGUAAAAGUCCUGGGGACCUGAAAUCCCAUCAACACGUUCACACUGAGGAGAGACCGCUUAAGUGCUCAGAUUGUGGGAACAGCUAUCAAAGUUCAGGGGAACUGACAUCCCAUCAAUGUGUUCACACAGAUGAAAGACCAUUCAGGUGCUCUCACUGCGGAAAAGGGUUCAAGUGUUCAUCUAAGCUCAUUGUACACCAGCGCAUUCACACUGGAGAGAGACCAUUCACCUGCCCAGAGUGUGGAAAGGGAUUCACUCAGUCAUUCAGGCUGCUGAGACACCAGCGGAUUCACUCUGAGGAGAAACCGUUUCAGUGUCCAGACUGUGGACAGUGCUAUAGAAGCUCUGAGGAACUGGUGUCCCACCAAUAUGUUCACACCAAUGAGCGACCCUUCAGAUGCUCUGACUGUGGGACUGGGUUCAAACGGGGAACUGACCUCACUAAGCACCAGCGAGUUCACACUGGGGAGAAGCCAUUCCGCUGUUCUGAGUGUGGGAAAGGUUUCAUUAGGUCAUCCCAACUGCUGACACAUCAGCAGGUUCACACUGGGGAGAGACCGUUUAAGUGUACAGACUGCGGGAAAUGCUGUAAAACGUCCGGGGAACUGAUUUCCCAUCAAAUUCUUCACACUGAUGAGAAACCGUUCAGGUGCUCUCACUGUGGGUCUCAGUUCAGGCGAUCGUUUGAACUCACUGUACAUCAGCGAGUUCACACUGGGGAGAGGCCAUUCACUUGCUCUGAGUGUGGGAAGGGCUUCACUCAGUCAUCCAAAUUGGCAAAACACCAGCGGUUUCACACAGGGGAGAAGCCAUUCAGAUGUUCCGAGUGUGGGAUGGCAUUCUCGGAGUCAGCCAAGCUGGUGAAACAUCAGCGAUUUCACACAGGGGACAGGCCGUUCAGAUGUUGUGAGUGUGGGAAAGGGUUCACUGACUCAUCCGACCUGCAGAAACAUAAGCGAAUUCACACAGGGGAGAGGCCAUUCACUUGCACCAAAUGUGGGAAGGGAUUCAUUGAUAGCUCUCAUCUGCUGAGACACCAGCGGGCUCACACUGAUGAGAGACCUUUUCAAUGCCCAGAGUGUUGGAAGUGGUAUAAAAGUUCUGAGGACUUGAUCCGUCAUCAACGUGCUCACAGUAACGAGAGACCGUUUAGGUGCUCUCACUGCAGCACUGGCUUCAAGACAUCAUCUGAACUUGUUAGACACAAGCGCAGUCACACAGGGGAGAAGCCAUACAUUUGUUCUGAGUGUGGGAAGAGAUUUACUUAUGCAUCCAGCCUGCGGAAACAUCAGCGUGUUCAUCAUUAAUGACCAUGAUUAGAUGUUGCUGUUGAUCACUGUCUGGGACAUGCACCAAACAACCCCGCUGCCCUGUGGCUGACAACUUUAACUGCUCCUCCCGCUCUGCCAAGGACAGGCAAGUACUGGGCUUCCUCCACAGCCAAAUCUAAGCCAUCCAACGCCUGGAGUCACC